UCCUCUGGUCCUCCUCUGCGCGCUCUGGCUCUUCGCCCCGGACAAACUGCUGCGGGGGGAGCGCUCGGUCUCCAAGAAAGUUGGCCUAACUCUGCGCAAAAGAAGUCCGAAUCCCGGGUCGGUGAGAUUCGGUAUUUGGUCGCUUUGUGGGGACUUACCGGAGCGUCGUAUGAUCCGGUUUUCGGGUUGAUUUUGUUUUCAGCUUAAUCAUGGAGACGCUCAGAUGUCUCCUCGCGCUGCUUUGCGCUCUCCUCCCGGGAGUGCAAAAUCAGAUCCAAAAUCCCACCUUUGCGGACUGUCCUGUUGAUCUUUUCUUCGUGCUGGAUACAUCGGAGAGCGUCGCCCUCAGACAGAAGCCUCCCAACUUUUAUAUCGACCAGAUUAAAGAAUUCACCAAACGCUUCAUAGAUGAGCUCAAGGAAAUGCGUCACCAGUGUGACCGCAUGCUGAUGUGGAACUCAGGAGCUCUACACUACAGCGACGACGUCAUCCUCGUGCGAGAGCUGAGCGACAUGCGCACCGAACGCCAGGCCCUGAAGAACGACAUAGACGGCAUCACCUACAUCGGCAAGGGCACCUACACCGACUGCGCCAUCAAGAGGGGCCUGGCGGAGCUGCUCGUCGGGGGCUCCCACUACCACGAGAACAAGUACAUCGUGGUGGUGACGGACGGCCAUCCCAUCACUGGCUACAAGGAGCCAUGUGGAGGCGUGCAGGAGGCCGCAAAUGAAGCCCGGCAGCAUGGAGUGAAAGUGUUCGCCGUGGCCAUCUCACCUGACCAGGAGGACACCAGACUGUCCCUCAUCGCCACAGACCAGAACUACAGGCAGAACUUCACUGCUGCGGAUGAAACCAGAUCAACGAAGAUGAAAACUAUCCGAACCAUCAUCGACAUGAUUACAAAUGAGACAAAGGAUGUGUGCUGCUCCUUUGACUGCAAUGCUUCUGGGGGCCCAAAAGGACCUGAUGGGGACCCUGGCGCCAAGGGAGAGACGGGGCGACCAGGAAUGCCAGGAGAGAAAGGAGAUGUCGGCUCUGAUGGAAACGAGGGGGAUCCUGGUCCAGUUGGUUACAGUGGGAUGAAGGGAGACCGCGGUGGACGAGGAGACAAGGGCGAAAGGGGGCACAAAGGCUUCAAGGGUGACAAAGGCCAAAGAGGCCUGGAUGGAAUCGAUGGGCAAAAGGGUUUAGCUGGUUACCCCGGCCUCCCCGGCUGUAAAGGCGCUCCCGGAUCAGAUGGCCAGCAGGGAGAUCCUGGACCGAAGGGGGACCCUGGGCCUUAUGGAAGAAAGGGCGAAAAAGGAGAUCCAGGAAGAAACGGCGAACCGGGACGACCCGGAAACUACGGAAAUCCGGGAAUUCCGGGCGAUCCGGGCAGCAACGGACCUCCUGGAGACAAAGGAGAGCGCGGUGAUGACGGACCACCCGGACCGGACGGCGCUGGCGGAGAACGCGGAAAAAGGGGAGAGAAGGGUGAGGACGGUUCUCCAGGAAACCGAGGCCCGAAAGGAGAUCCCGGGGAUCCAGGACCACGUGGAGAGCAGGGGAGAGAGGGCACAACCGGUCCCAACGGAGAUCCUGGUGAACCAGGAAGACCCGGCCCUCCUGGCUACAGGGGAGACGAAGGUCCACCAGGACCAGAGGGGCCCAAAGGAGCGAAAGGAAUCAGAGGUGCAGCAGGGGACAGAGGCCUAAUCGGGGAGAGGGGAGUGCCAGGUAAACAAGGAAACGGCACCAAAGGCUGUCCUGGCUUCCAAGGAUACCCUGGGCCCCGUGGAGACCGUGGCCUGCCGGGUAACAAGGGAACUCCUGGACCCAAAGGGGAUGAUGGAGAUCCUGGAGAUUCAGGCCGAGAUAACAACGAGCUAGGGCCUCCUGGACCCAAAGGGGCCAAAGGUCACAGAGGGCCUGAGGGGAAUCCGGGUCCUCCUGGGCUGCCUGGACCACCAGGAACUGAUGAAUGUGAAGUUCUGGAUAUCAUCAUGAAGCUUUGCUCUUGUUGCGAGUGCAAGUGUGCCCCUGUGGACCUGGUGUUUGUCGUGGACAGUUCGGAGAGUAUCGGGGAAGCAAACUUUGCUCUUGCCAAAGAUUUCAUCAUCACAGUUAUUGACAGACUGAUGAAAGACCAUCAAGUGAAGUUCUCGCUGAAUGAGUCCAACGUCGGUGUUGUCCAGUACAGCGGAUCAAAAUCCCAGGAAAUCGUGAAGCUAAGAACCACCCUCCCCGAGUUCAAACAGGAAGUGAGAGACAUGCGCUGGCUGGCUGAGGCCACUUACACAGGCGAGGCCCUGGACGUUACCCUGAAAACCAUAAUCAGAGACCUGAGGAAAGAGAACAAAGUGGUUCUCGUCAUCACUGACGGACGUGCUGAUAUUACCAGAGACAAGACUCCCCUCGAUGUGCUCUGCGGGCAAAAUAUCUUGGUGGGAGGUUUAGGAAUUAAGGACUACUCAGGCCGCGAACCCAACAAGGAACAGCUGGACUCUGUGGCGUGUGUUAACGACCCCAAACAAGGGUUCCGCUUUGUCCUGGAUAAUUUUGCUGUUCUGCUGGAUGACACCUUCCUGCGGAAUGUCACGACCAAGAUCUGUCUAGCAAAGAAAUGCCCGGACUACAAAUGCCCGAUGAGCUUCUCUGAGAGCACCAACAUUUUGAUGAUGAUGGACAGCUCAGCCAGUGUGGGCCAGAAUAACUUUAACAUAAGCAAGGCCUUCGUCAAGCUCUUGGCCGAACGUUUCCUCACCGCAGAGAGAAAGGCAGGCGUCAGUGUCAGAGUGGCCGUGGGCCAGUACAGCCAAAGAAACCCCCGCCUUGAGUAUCCUCUGACCGACGACUACACCCUGCUGGCGCCUAAAAUCGAAGCAGCCCAGUUCCAAAACGAAGGCACCGACGUUCUGCAGGCCUUGCAGUUCGCCAUUAGCUCUCUGCCUAGCCGCGGCGACGCGUCCGGAUCCAGGAGGAAGCUGGUGCUGUUCUCUGACGGCCGGUCUCAAAGAGUCACCGAGGCCCUCCUGGAGAGGCGAGUCCGCGAGGUCGCGGAUGCCGGUAUCGAGCUCUUCGUCAUCUCGGUGGGAAGCCAGGUCAACAUGGCCAACAUCGACAUUCUGGCGAGGAGAGGGCAGCAGCAAGACAUCAGCUACGGUCAACGCCACAAGUUCCACGUUACCGACUACCCGUCCCUUCUCCGCGGGGUCCUCUACCAAACCGUCAGCCGCAGGGUCUCUUUGCCCCAGAGGUUGAACUAAAAAGGACGUACAAGCUUUAGAUCUUUUAAACCAAUUAUGAAUAUUCAGUCUCACUCAUUUACAGCACACUGUGUUCAAGUAUGUUUGAAAUCAAGGGAAGGUAGUGUCGGAUAAAUGUAAAUAUGUUUUGAGAAUGACUCUUUUACUUUGAGUUGACUCUCCAAGGCAGACUAUCUUAGUCUCUAUACACCACUAGUCGAUGAAUCUGACAGUACACGGAUGAAAUCUUUCUGCCUCGAGUUAGAACUCAAAGUAGAACGGUCCAAAUCCAGAGGAGUGUACUGUGAUCCUGGAGAGUCGUCAAUGAUAGCCACAUUUUUGCUUACUCUACUCUACGUCUGAACCAGUUUCUCCUCAGGCACUCUGUACUUCUCUAGCACUCUUAGCUCUGACUCGAUUCAACCAAUGAAACUUCAAACAGAGAGGCUUAAUGAACCCUCGCUUUGCUCUCCAGGACCGGAGCUACAGCUGGUUAUGGUAAAUGUUGGAGCCAUGUCCAAAUGUGUUCAAAUUUAAAGAGAGCAGCCCUGGUUAGGUCUGGUUCCUGGCUGACGUAUCACUUUGUUUUUUAGUUUUAAUGACAUCUAUUGGAAAGGUUCAUAGGGAAAAAUAAUGGAACAGCACUGUGUUGGAAAUUCAGUCACCUACAAAACAGCAGGAUGAGGCAGUAGACGGGCCCUUUUUUUAACAGGUACUAUCGAAGACAGCUAGACUCAACAUGUGUGUGUGCAAAUUCUUUGGCUGGAGGUUUCAUCACCAGUUUUGCUGGAGUCAAUGUGUUUUCUGGCCUUUUAGGACAAACAGCAGCAUAAAUACACACACACAGCAGUGAGAUAGAAAACAUCUGUCACACUUAAACGUUGGGAUGAAACCUGAAGGGCCUCAAGAGGCCCCUGGAGGCCCGUCUCAGCCGAUCCUCAUGCCUGCUGGUUUCAUAUGAUUCACAGUGACCAGUGCUACUGUACUGUUGUUUUUAUCCACGGUGCUAUUACCCGCUGUGUAUCAGCCUCUACACAAGCUGUCCAAGAAGAUAUUUUGUUUAACUGCAAACACAAAGCCUAUGUGAUGUUGCAAGAUCUCUUCCAAUAAAGGUUGUUACACCCAA